GUGGCCGUGGUGGAGCUGAGCGAUGCCGUCUGCCAGCCCUCGCUCUUCUACCACCUGGGGGUCCGUGAGAGUUUCGAUAUGUCCCACAACGUGCUGCUCUGCUGCCACACUGUGCUGCCUGCCCUGCGGGCCCUGCAGGAGGACAUCUGCCAGAAGAACUCGGACCUGUGUGGCAGUUACACCUUCAUCCCCUACACGGUGACGGCCCACGGAGAGGUGCUGUGCUGUGAGAACAGCACUGAGCCGUGCCCCACUGAGCUCCCCCAGCCCAGCUGCGACGCAGAGCCCUUCACCCCACUGACAGCACGGCUCAUCCGGCUGCUGGAGGCCAUCCCCACCAACUCCUGCGGUUAUUUUCGGGAGACCCUCCGACGUGACAUCCGCCGGGUGCGGGAGCUGUUCCGGGGCGAGCAGCUGAGCCGUGAGCUGAGGAGCAUCCAGCAGCGCCUGGACAGCGUGGAGCUGCUCAGCCUGGACAUCGUGGUCAGCCUGCUGCUGUCCUACCGUGAUGCGCAGGAUUACGACUCCAUCAUCUCUCUGGUGGACACCCUGCACUCCCUGCCUACCUGCGACGUGGCCGAGCAGCCCAACGUUCGCUUCCAUUACGCCUUUGCCCUCAGUCGGCGUAACCGUGCUGGAGACCGUGAGAAGGCUCUGUCAGUGCUGCUGCCUGCCGUGCAGCACCGGGACACGGCGGCACCCGACCUGCUCUGCCUCUGUGGCCGCAUCUACAAAGACAUGUUCAUCAGCUCUGGCCUCACUGACACGGAGAUGCGGGACCGAGCGCUGUACUGGUACAGCAAAGCCUUUGAGCUGGAGCCCAGCCUCCACGCGGGCAUCAACGCUGCCGUCCUCCUCGUCGCCUCCGGCCAUCGCUUCGACACAUCGCUGCGGCUGCAGCAGAUCGGCGUGAAGCUGAGCUGCCUGCAGGGCCGUAAGGGCAGCCCGGAGGAGCUGCGGCACUACUGGGACGUGGGCUUCUGCCUGGGGGCCGGAAUCUUGGCCAACGACCUGGGCAAAGUCAUCCAGGCCUCCGAGAAGCUCUACAAGCUCAACGCGCCGGGAUGGUACCUGGUGUCCGUCAUGGAGACGUUCCUGCUCUACAAACACUUCCAGGAGAGCCCAGCGGUGCCAUCCGCCCGGCAGGAGCUGGCUGUCUGGCUGGGCUUCCUCCUCAUCUCCUGCCAGCCCUUCGUGCCUGAGCCGCGCUGCCCGGUCCUCGUCCUGGAGCACGGCAAGGUGCUGCAGCCGGCACGGCUGGCGGUGCGCAGUGCAGCGGAGGAGCCCGCUGUGAUGCUCACCCUCGUGUGCCCCACGGAGGAGAAAGCAGUGUCGAGCUGGAAGUUCCCACCUGCAGCCAUCCGGGGCGUCAGCAUCUGCAAGAGCGACGAGCGGGGCUGCUUUCUCUACGUGAUACACACAGAGGAGGACUUCCAGCUGUACUUCCCCUCCCAGCAGCACUGCCAGUGGUUCUGUGAGCGGGUCCAAUCCUUCCUGGCAGAGCAGGGCGGAGAGGAGCUGCCCAGCAGCACGCAGCCCAUCCUGGAGUACAGCUAUGAGUGCACCGAGUCGGGUGAGCGCGUGGUCCUGGGCAGGGGCACUUAUGGGGUCGUCUACGCCGGGCGCUGCCUCGGCACCCAAGUGAGGAUCGCCAUCAAGGAGAUCCCAGAACGGGACAGCCGCUUCUCACAGCCCUUGCACGAGGAGCUGGCCUUGCACAAGCGCCUGCGGCACAGGAACAUCGUGCGGUACCUGGGCUCCAUCAGCCAGGACGGCUUCAUCAAGAUCUUCAUGGAGGAGGUGCCAGGAGGGAGCCUCUCAUCCCUGCUGCGCUCCAAGUGGGGUCCCCUGAAGGACAACGAGCCCACCAUCAUCUUCUACACCCGCCAGAUCCUCAAUGGGCUCAGUUACCUCCACGACAACCACAUCGUGCAUCGGGACAUCAAGGGUGACAACGUCCUCAUCAACACAUACAGCGGCGUGCUGAAGAUCUCCGACUUCGGCACCUCCAAGAGGCUGGCGGGCAUCAGCCCCAGUGCUGGCAGCUUCACGGGCACCCUGCAGUACAUGGCCCCCGAAAUCAUCGACCAAGGGCCGUGGGGCUACGGGAAGCCAGCAGAUAUCUGGUCCUUGGGCUGCACCGUCAUCGAGAUGGCCACGGGCAGACCACCCUUCUAUGAGCUGGGCAGCCCCCAGGCAGCAAUGUUCAAGGUGGGCAUGUUCAAGGCUCACCCGGAGGUGCCCGGCUCCAUGUCGGACGAGGCCAAGGCUUUCAUCCUGCGCUGCUUUGAGGCUGACCCAGCCAUGCGGGCGACAGCAUCUGCGUUGCUGCAGGACCCGUUCCUGGCUGGUGCCAGGCGUGCCCGCAGCCAGAGGGAGCCCACAGCGAGGGGUGGUUCACCUCGCUGGGAGCGCCGCGAUGGGGACGCGGUGGGGACCGACGGCACUGAGGGAUGUCCUGCCAUUGGGGUUGGGGAGGGGGGCACCACGGGCAGCACCCCGCUCCCACACCGCCACGGUGAGGCAGCUCCAGGCCACAGCAGCAUCGGCUCCGACCUCACCCAGCGCUCAUCCUCACCCGAGGAGAGCGGGGACAGCUUCGUGCUGCAGAAGGACAUCCAGCACCGCACCACCCUGCUGUGCAUCCUCAGAGCCGAGGCACCGGGCAUCACUGCUGCCCUGCAGGAGAGCCAGAGCGCGGUGGGACCAAGGCUGAGCUCGGAGCACAUCGCCCAGCUGCUGAGCUGCCUGCAGAGCUACAUCCAGAGCCCCCAGCAGCCCCGGCUGCGCCGCGACCUCCUGCAGCUGCAGGCACGGCUGAGGGAGGAUGGGAUCGGUGUGCAGCAACUGCAGGCACCGCUGCUCCACUUCCAGGCUGUGGUGACACGGUUGUUGCGCCAGCACCACAUCAGGCCUCACUGGGUGUUUGCUCUGGAUGCUGCCAUCAGCCAGGCAGUGCAGGCAGCUCUGGCCGUGCUGCUAACAGAGCUGCAGGAGGACGGCUCCGAGGGCGAUGGCCCCGCAGAGAGCAGUGCCAGCCAGGAAUGCUCGGUGCUGCUGGCACAGCUCCGCCGCCUCCGCGCACAGACGGGCAGGCUGCUCCGACAGCUGGCUGAGAAGGAGCAGGAGUGGCAGCGGUUGGCACGGCGGGCGCUUUGCUCGGUGGACAUCACACAGCCCACUCUCCCCCCACACCGUGGUGAGCAGGGACACCCCGGGGGGGACACCGCCGUGGGGCAGAGACUCUCAGCCUCGUGCCCUGAGCAGCAGCCCCGGGCCCGGGCUGAUCCGCUGCUCCUGGAGUGGCUGCAGCAGCACGGCACGGACCCAAGCACCACAGCCACGCUCCUGGCGCACGGCUACACCCUGCGGGACCUGCUGGGCAGCGCCACCCGCGACGACCUCUUCUACACCGGGAUGAGGCGCGGCUCGGCGUACCGCCUGUGGGCAGCCAUCGUGCAGCACCGCAGGGAUCACCGCCACGGAGGGACGCGACCGUCGGAGCAAUAAACAGCAUCCAGGAGAGAGCGUGCCGUGCUUCAUUGCAGCCCCAGGGACAGCGUGGGCACAGCCCCAUACGGGCGGGGCACAUCCCGACCCC